GUUUUCUCUUUCUUUCAAACAUGACCCUCAUGAUUUAUUGUUUCAAAUUUUCUAUUUUUUUUCUUAUGUAUUUAAUUUUGUGUCAUUUGAUUCCAUGAUUUUUUUUUUUUUUUUUUUUUGGGUUUGCAAUUCCAUGAUGAAUUUAAUCACAUGCUUUUGAGUUCAUAAUUAGGCUUUGCUACAAUAAUAGUAACAUGGAAUUAACUUCAUCUAAUGUGUCCAUGCUAUGUUCUGCUGCCCAAUUUUUAGAAAUGGAAGAAUGUGAUAGUCUUGGAACACAAAGCUUGAAGCCUCAUAUCGAAAAAUUUUGUGAAGCAAUUCGUUUUUGGACGUUGUUUGAACUCGUAGAAGCAUUGAAACAAUGUCAAGAAUCACUUCAUUCUAAACGUUACUUAGAAAUUUUAGACAGAAUCAUGGAUCAAUUGAUUGAAAGGUUAGCUUCUCCAUGUACUAUUUCAAGUCCAUACACAUGUUCUUCGAACGCAUCUAGCUUUCGGGUUUCUUUCGACACAAGCAGUUACAAUAGCUUGAGAAAUAACUUCUCUGAGGCUACAUGGUGGUUUGAACAUCUUCUAUUUUUGAAGAUUGAUUUGUUGGAUAAUAUCAUAAGGAAAAUGAUAUCUUAUAAUUUAGAUCAUAGUGUUGUAUCCAAGUUUCUAUUCUACUAUCAUAAGUUGAGUUAUGUAAGUGCUGCACAAGAUGUUAAGAUUGAGACAAUUAAGGUUGUAAUCAAUCUUCUUUCAUUGCUUGAUAUUGGAUCAAUUUCUUGCAAGGAUUUAUUCAAUCUUAAUCGAAUCGCGAUUAGUUUGAAAAUAAGCAAAUUUUGUAGAAACAAUAUAGAAAGUCUUAUAGGUCCUCUUUUGGAUCAAGUAACAAUUGAUUAUCUACUCAUUCCAUCUCCACAUGAUAGUGAUCAUGCAUAUGAUGUUGAUUUUGUCUUAAGGGUCAUGAAGAUUUUUUUGUUAGGAGGUAGUUUUGAGUUAAAUUCGAACCGAGUUAAGAGAGUUAGUAAAAUGAUGGAUUUGUUCCUUGUGGAAGCUUCUCCUGAUCCUCAUCUUCAACCUUGUGAAUUUGAAGCUUUGAUUACAGUACUACCUGAUACUAUGAGGGAAUCACAUGAUCAAUUAUACCUAGCCAUGGACAUGUAUCUAAAGAUUCAUGCAGGACUAAGUGAAGAUGAAAAGAUGAAUAUCUGUUGCACACUAAACCAUAAGAAGCUGUCACCAGAUAUUUUGAGACAUCUUACUAGAAACUUGAUGUUUCCUUCAGAAACAAAACCAAGAUCACAUGUUACUAGACAUUGUCGAAUGAAAACAAUACUUCAAGAAAAUGAUCAUUUGAAAAACUUCUUUGACUCUGUGAUUCGUAAAAGUUUCAAGAUCACAGCUGUGAAAGAGGAUGUUGAAAAGAUAAUUUAUGAUGAUGAUGAUGAUGAUGAUGAUGAUCAAGAGCUAAUGAAAUUUGGUGAUUUGGAAAGAAUGGAAGGUGGGACUCGUCUGGCUUAUGUAAGGAAAUCAAGGGUUCAUACUAUGAGCAAUAUCAUAUAUUUGCCAAAAUUUUGUUCAUGAUUGUUAGUUGGGAAAAGCUAUGCCGUACGGACAUUUGUUAGUGUAUUAUAAAUAACAAUUUUGCAUUGAAAAUUA